AUGCACCUGUCCUGCAACUCCGGUUCAACUCUCCAGGUAUCGGACGCCAUGUACGGUCGUAGCAGCAAGGACCACUGCAAGUGGUCUCUGAUCACAAACUGCCGGAGUUCGUCAAGCCUGUCGGCAGUGCGACACCGCUGCCAGGGCCGCCGCACGUGUAGUGUGCCAGCGUCUAACGAUGUGUUUGGGGAACCGUGCUGGGCCGUACCCAAGUAUUUGGAGGUCACGUAUAAAUGCUUUGGAUUUCUAUUGCUUGCCUCUCAAAGCUCCAAAAUGCGUCUGACUGUACGUGUUUUACUGGCACUUGCCAUCCUGGGGACAUGGGCUCAAGCACAGGAAAAAUGCCUGGUGGGAGACGGGGCGUCCUACCGAGGAACGGUCUCCGUUACGAAAACGGGCAGGGCGUGUCAACGCUGGGACAGUCAGACACCGCAUGGACACGACAGGACACCGGCUAAGUAUCCGUACUCCGGACUGGAGAGGAACUACUGCCGGAAUCCGGACGGAGAACCCAAACCGUGGUGUUACACCACGAACCCCGGCCAGAGAUGGGAGUAUUGUACUGUACCGCCAUGUAUCGAAUCAUCGCUAAUGUCAAGACGGGUUUGUGAAGACGACACGAUGUACCUGUCUUGCGGCUCCGGUUCAACCAUCCAUGUGUCGUACGCCAUGUACGGUCGUAACGACAAGGACCACUGCAAAUGGUCUCUGAUCAAAUGCCAGAGUUCGUCAAGCCUGUCUGACGUGAGAGGCCGCUGUCAGGGCCGCAGCUCUUGUAGUGUACCAGCGUCGAACCACGUGUUUGGGGAUCCGUGCUGGGCCGUCCCCAAACGGGGUCUAACUAUCCGUGUGUCGUACGCACUGUACGGUCGGACCCGGUACGGAGUCUGCACCGAAUGGGAUGCGUACACCACUAACUGCCGAAGCUCUUCGAGCCUGCCAAUCAUGAGGCGUCGCUGUCAGGGCCGCCGCAAGUGUAUGGUAAAAGCGUCCAACGACGUGUUUGGGGAUCCGUGCUCAAAGACGUUCAAGUACUUGGAGGUCACGUAUACCUGCGCUGCCUUUCUAUUACUUGCCUCUCAAAGCUCCAAAAAGCGCCUGACUGUUUUCCUGGCGCUUGCCAUCAUGGUCACAUUGGGCCAAGCAUGGAGCCUACCGGAUAAUAUGUGGGGUAAGGCCGAAAUCUGUAAGCUGACAUGA